AUGACUCAACGCUUAUUUGUUUCACUUACAUCAACAGCAAGAGGAGUAACUAAUUGUCAGCAAGAGUUACAAUUAUGGAUAAAAGUAUUACUCACUGUAUGCUUCCUACCGCUUUGUAACGCGGUAAAAUGCUUGGAUUGUGUGGGUAAGGACUGCAUGGGGACAUUUUGCGAGGGUGACUAUUGCAUGCUUGGGACAUAUGCCCCACGAUGGGGCACUGUGGAAUGGGGAGAGCCACGUACUGUUAAAGGUUGCGUAAGUGGACGAAUGUUGGAGAAAAAUAUUAGAAGUCACUGCGAGACUGCCGAUGAAAAUGGCCAGGAACCAUUUACUUGCUUCUGUGACAGAGACUAUUGCAACAACGACAAGGCGAUCAGACGACUGGAGAUCUCACCGGUAGCACUCAUCACAUGUGUCUGCAAGGGAGCUCAUUGUCAGAGUAAAACCUGCACCGGUGAGAUGUGCUCUUACGUCAUCAACCAUCGUACUAAAAAGUCUGAACAGGGGUGUGUGAAUAGCUCAGUGCCGUUAAUCGAGAGGAGAUCAGCAGGUUCCUGCAUGAUUCCACCUAUUACUGGUGCUAUGCAUCACACGGUUUCCAAGGAUCCACAUGAACUACUAGCAACGGAAUCAUGUGUAUGCAUGACUGAUUAUUGUAAUAGUGAAAAACCGGAAAUUACACAACCAGAAAAAAUGAAGUGCCAGACGUUCGUUACACUGGAAGCAAUGGGAACGAAGGUGUCAUCACGAAAUACAACGUGUAUCGGUGAAUUUUGUUUCAAAGCUUCUAUCAAAAGUAAACUUGGCCAUAUGACGGAAUAUAGAACGAUGGGUUGUGCCUCAUUUCUCGACGGAGCCGAACUUGCUGAAGAAAUGCAACCGACAGGUUGUGCACGAUUCCAAUCUGAAAAAGUGGAAGUUGAGUCUUGUUUCCAGACUAACGACAGGAGAGCAAUAGGAAGAUCUCGAGCAAAUCAGGAAAUCGUUUUAUCCAGAGGGAAAAGUAAAGAACCAAAAUACAGGAAAAUAAUGAAGAAACCGCCUAGAAUGGAGGUAGAUUAUGAAGAUGACGAUAAAGAAGGGGAAGAAAAAGAAGAGGACAAGGAAGAAGAGGAGAAAGAAUCGAGGAAAAAACAAAAAGCUGCAAGUCAAGAUCGGAAUAAAGGAAGAGAGAACGAAGACAAGAAGGAAGAAGAAGAAGAAGAAGGAAUUGAAAGUGGAAAAUAUGAGAAAGGAAAAAACAAAGGAAACGCACGGAAUGAAGAUGAGGAGGAGGAGAACGGCGACGAAGAAGUGGAGGAUGAGGAGGAAGGAAAGGAGGAGGAAGAAGAAAGUGAUAAACAAAAUGAAAGAAAGAUUAAAAAUAACAAGGAGGAGACAACAACAACAACAAUUUUCAUAUUCGAGAAGCCAACAGAACCACCGAUUCCGGAUGAUUCCAAUAUAACGCUGAUAACAGUAUUCAUUUUACUUAUGGUACUGAUAGUAAUGUCUGGUGCGGUAUGGAAGCUUCAAUUACACAAGCGAUUAUUUCGCGCAAACUACGAUACUGUAGCGGGUGGUUAA